AUGAGUAAUGAUCAAGGAAAUGAGAUUAAAACCUCAGAGGACGUUACUCUAUUGAAACAGAGGAUUGAGGCAUAUCCGGAGGAUAUUCUGUCGUAUUUGAACUUGGUCAAGUUCUACGAGAAGAAUGAGAUGUAUACUGAUGCUAGAGAAGUUUAUGAUACAGUGAAUGGAUUGUUUCCUUUGUAUUCCCCGCUAUGGACUAUGCAGUUGAAUGAUGAGUUGAUAAGAGAUGAAUUUGAAAUUGUGGAGAAGAAACUGGCUAAGUGUUUAUCGGGAGAUUUUGAGAAUAAUGAUUUGGCGCUAUGGUCGACAUAUUUAGACUAUGUUCGUAGGAAAAAUAAUAUCAUCACAGGUGGUCAAGAAGCAAGAUCGGUCGUCAUAAAGGCGUUUGAUUUGGUCCUUGAGAAAUGUGCUAGGUUUGAACCAAACUCAUCUUCUUUCUGGGAUGAUUACUUGUUGUUUCUAGAGCAAUGGAAACCUGUGAAUAAAUGGGAAGAACAGCAAAAAGUCGAUAUGAUUAGAAUUCUUUAUAAAAAGAUGCUAUGUGUUCCAUUCGAUAAUUUAGAAAAGAUGUGGAGUAAAUAUACUCAAUGGGAACAAGACGUAAAUAAUUUGACUGCUAGAAAAUUCAUUGGUGAAAUUUCAUCAGACUAUAUGAAGGCCCGUUCUCUUUAUCAGGAGUGGUUGAAUUUAACUAGAGGUCUUAAAAGAUCUUCUGCAUCCUAUUUGAAACAUGCAAACAACAAAACCGUACCAACAGCACUAUCACAAUACGAGAUCGAUACUAUUGAUGGUGAUGCGACGUAUUAUAAUUCAAUUAAGCAACUACAGAUUUGGCUAGGAUGGAUAGACUGGGAAAAGGAAAAUAAACUAGAGUUACCAACUGAGGAGCUGCAAAAUAGAUUAAUUUACGUAUAUAAACAAGGUAUCCAAUAUAUGAUAUACAUGCCAGAAAUAUGGUAUGACUAUGCUAUGUUCACUACAGAUAUGACUAAACGUGAAACCAUUUUAACUGUGGCCACUAAUGCCAAUACCUGUUCGCCAUCUUUAGUAUUCAAGUUGAUUGAGUGCCAUGAAACAAAGAAUAAUACAGAAGCGGUUCAAAAUUGUUUUGAAACUUGUACUGCAUCGAUAAUGAAACAAUAUCAAAACUCGCUUCUGUUAGCAAAUGGUGACGAGAAUGAUCCCACAGUAUACAGAAUUAGACACAAGUUGACUUAUGUGUAUUGCAUAUAUAUGAACACAAUGAAGAAACUAUCUGGAUUAUCUACUGCAAGAUCAGUUUUUGGUAAAUGUCGUAAAUUGAAACAAAUAAUGACACAUGAUAUAUACAUUGAAAAUGCAUUGCUGGAAUUUCAAAAUCAAAGUGAUUAUAAGACUGCAUUUAGAGUUCUAGAGUUGGGUUUGAAAUAUUUCCAAAUAGAUGGGGUUUAUAUUAACAAAUACUUGGAUUUUCUUAUUUUAUUGAAUAAAGAUGCACAAAUUAAAACUUUAUUUGAAUCUUCUGUAACUAAAGAGAUAAAUCAAGUACACUUGAAGUCAAUCUAUAAAAAAAUGAUUGCAUAUGAGUCGAAAUAUGGUAAUGUUGAUAAUGUGUAUGCGUUGGAGAAAAGAUAUUUCGAAACAUUUCCAAACGAGAAAAGAAUUGAAUUAUUUACUAACAGGUAUCAAAUUCAAAACGAAAAUCUAUUAAAGAAACUAGAGUUGAGAUACUUAUAUAGAGAUGAGCCCAAUGAAAGUGAUCCCUUCGAAUUAGAUAACAAUUCAAAUCCUUUGAAGAGAUCAUUGGCACAAGAUAAACAGGAUGAAAUGAAUAAAAGACAAAAAAAUGGACUUCAUGUGCCAAAAGAUAUAAUUCAACUUCUAUCACUUUUACCAAAACGUCAAUACUUUAAGACUGCAUUUUUAGACCCAAAAAAACUGGUUAAGUAUAUUAAUGAACAAGUUGAAUUACCAAAGCCAAAUUAA